AUGGCCUUUUUUCCCUCUCUCUCGGUGGUGGAUGAAGCCUGCUAUGCUCAGCGCGGAUGCCGGUGUGCCACCGUGCCACCGCGGCAGUUUCACUUGUCUUCCAAUGAGCAGCAGCCAGAGAAUUUGGUGACACCCCGGCGAAGACUCGAGGGCGAAGAAAAUGCCGGGCAGUUGCGGAUGGUGCUGGCCCAUGUGUUGGGCUUCACCCUGAGCACCGCAUUGCUGGUGCAGGAGCCGAAAAAUGUGGUCUUCACGCCACCUCGCAAUGGCAUCUUCUGUCGUGGCAACGGCUGCCCCUACGCCGAGACAGGGACCAUUGGUGGACAGAACGUCCUUGGUCAUGCCGGCUCGGUACAGGAUGUGAAGCAACAAGCCGAAGCAGCCUUGGCCAUGGGAAUGGAUGCCCUGCUGGCACGGAAGGAGUUUUGCCGAGGAAUGAGCUGCGUAGAUGGCAUGGGCAAACCUGUGGACCGAACGAAGGCCGCCUUCGUGGCGCAGUGCAGCCACUUCUUCAGAAAGGGCCUGGAAGGACAGGACGACUACCGCUCGGUGAAAAAUGUCUACGACAGCUUUGGAAACAUUUGCGGCCCAAGGGUGGGCUAUUCGGAACUGCCCUUCUGCCGUGCCUACGGCGACGUCGUGGCUGCCGCCCUGGCAUCGCAGAUGGAAGCGACCACCGUAGGAAGUGCUGAAAGGAUUUGUGACACUCUCUUCGACUUCACAUUGGAAAUCAAGCAGGCUCAAGUCGAUCUCGAGCUCUUUGAGGGUUCCUUGAACCUGGCGAGCGAAAUGGGUCCUGGCACUGUGCGGGGACAGCGCUGGGCCAAGCAAUUGGACUUGGCUUCGAGUGAAAGCAGCCACUUGCAGGUGGCCACAGAUGUCCAGAAUGCCACUGCAGAGGACAAGUACCAGGUGACCAUGCCAUCUUGGGACGGUGGCCUGAACGCGACGAAAGUGGCUCCGCAACUCUUCGAGCACUGCGAAUUAGAGAUGCGCGAGAUCAUGGCAGAUGAGUCGCAAACUGCGGGGCGUGUCAGCAAGCUGGCGGUCGAUUGGUACGCUCCCCUAGAUUUUCUGGCGAAGUAG